GCCAGCGCCACACCACUCGGAGCACCCGUCCUGCGCCGCCCAUGGCCCUGGCGCGAGCACCGGUGCUCGCGCCGACCCGCGGAUGCUGCUCUGCUGCGGCGCUCCCGAGCGGCGGGUCCCGGCGCUGCCCGGCGCCGUGGGGGGCGGCAUGCCGCCAGGCGUUGGUGGCGUGGAAGCUCUCUGUAGCUUUGUUGGCUUGCGCCCGCCAGAGGCGCCAGACCCGGCUGCGAGCAGAAGAGGAGUCGGCCUCUCCAGGACUCGGCGAGGAGGAAGACCUCCUGGGCCGGCGCCUGCGGAUUUGGUUCGUCUCGGAGGAGGAGUUGGCGGACUACGAGUACGGCACGAUCUCGGCCGUGGGGGGUCACCAUCCAGUGGGAUGGGCAAGGUGAAGAACGCCUACGUCUCGGCGAUGUGAGUUUCGAGUGGCUGGGCGAUGACCUUGCAGCAGACCUGGCAGCGAAUCUGCGCGAGAGCCGCCAGGAGUCGCUGGAAGGAGCCACGGAGGCCGGUGCUGAGGUGGUUGCGAUGCCAGUGAAGCAAUUGCGGAAGGAGUUGGCGGCGUUGAGUUGGAUGCGGGAAGAGCUUGAGGAAAGACGCCGCCAGGCUGAGGAGUUGCGAAGAGAGAAUGCUGAGCUCAAAGCCGCGCGUGAGGAGUUUCAAACCCGUUACGGCCAGCUGCUGCAAUCCCGACGCCCAGAAACGGCCAAGCCCGAA